UUCGAUUUAGCGGAAAAUUAUUUCAGCAACAUUAGCAACACCGUUCAUAACAGACGGCACAGGGUUGCAUUUUUGACGUACAAUAUAAGAAAAUACGAAAGACAAAAGAAAAAAAAAACGAAAAUAAAAGCAAACGAUAUUUUACUUAAAAUGCAAUAAUCUACAAUUUAAGAUGACACAAACGAAUAUUCAGUUAGAAACAGCUAUUAAUGCCAUAUUGGGCCUAAAGGUAUGCAACCACAAUCGGAAAUCAUCAAAAAAAGCAAACUUAAAACACAGCAACAGCGGCAAAGUACUUUUCAGCAAUUGCCAACAACGCCAACAACAAGGAACCUCCCGACAGGCUCUGCAGCAGCAACAGCUUCGCCAGGAGCAUCACCAGCAGGUGCUACGGUAUCCGAUAUACACAAACAACGUACUCCUGUCAAAGUAAUCAAAUGCAAGAAACCCCUUUGCCAUUUUAAAUUCUAUUUGGAUAUAUGUGAUCAUCAGCUAACGAAACGUAUUGAGGAACAAAUCAGACUAUUGGGUGGUUCAUUGGAGUUCUUCUUAACACCCAGUGUUACACAUUUUGUAACCGACAAGCCAGUUGUUGCCGCCGCCGGGGUUGUUAAUAGUAAUAACACCAGCUGUCCAGGUACUCCACAAACACCUCAGACACCGCAAACGCCGCAGACUCCAUACUCAAUAGAAAAUUUUGAAAGCUCUAGAGUAGCAAAUAAUGGCAGUACAUCAGUCAUAUCCAAGAAACCAAUACGAAAUUCUAGAGCCGAUGCCAUAUUAAACCGUGCCAGACGUCUAAGUACUGCCGCAACAACAACACCCACUACAACUGGCUGCAUUACCCGAAGAGCGUCGACCGUUGAUCAACUACCACAAGCAGCCGCCGUAAUUGCAACAACACCUUUAAAGUCCAGAGAUAAUGUCGGACCACCCCCACCCUAUGUUGUAUGGCAGUGUGAGAAUGCUUUAAGAUUUUUCAAAAAAGUCCAACACGAGCUCAAGGAUUAUUUGGGAGAUUCAGCCAAGGGAUCCCAAAAGUCGUACACAGUCGAACCAAUUAGUCUAAAAGGUGGUUUUAUAAAAAUCGAAGCCCUCAAACGCAAUUAUCGCCCCUAUUACCAUCUUUUCAAAAAGCCAGCAAGUGAGUGGCCUAAAAUAGAAUUGACACGUGAAGACGGGGCUUUUCGACUGUCGCCCAAGAAGGAUAUCCCAAAGGAGGAGGAUAAACUGAACGACGGUGGUGAGACAAAUCAACAAAAAGAUAACAACAUGACUCGCAAAUCAAGAUCUAGAUCGGCCCAAAACAUUAGAAAACCUCAAGAUAAUGAACUUCUCAAAUCGCCCGCGAAUUCACAGAAAAACAACGUUUGUAAAAAUCAGGCUCAAGCACCCAAGGACUCGUCCGACAAGCAAUGUGGUGUAUGUGAAAUAUGUAAAAUUGAAUAUGAUGCUUUAACCAUCCACCUGAAGACCAAGGAUCAUGAAUAUUUUGCCAAAAAUUCGCAGAAUUUUAUAGCCUUGGAUUCGCUGAUAACAUCCUCGGCGGAUGUCAAUAAAUUCUUAAGUGAAAAUCGUAAAUUAGAUUCUAAAGCUGAGUUGGAAGAAAUGGAAGUAGACCAAGAAGAGCUAGUCGGUCAUGAAGUAGAUCCUCUGGAGGAUGAUGAAGCAGUCGACGAAGCAGUCGAUGAAGAUACUUGUUCCUUGAAUAAGCCAUCAAAGACCAAAACCGCUUCACCAACACUGCGCGAAAAGUCUAAAAGGUCUACCAAGGGAAAACAUUCCUCUGAAAAAUUUAAGAAUGCAAUCAUCACCACCAAAUCACCAAAGACACCUAGUCCACAGAAGACGGCACCACCACCAUUACCACCUUUGGUUGUGAAGACGCCAGUUACAGGUCGCAAAAAACACUCUGGAUCGGCGUCAAAUGCUGUUUUGUCGCCACCAAUACGUGCCAUGUUGCCACCAAAUUCCCUCUACAAAGUCGUGGAAACGCAUACAACUGAUGUGCAGUGUACACCAACUAAAAAUAGAGUGGGUGUCGACAAUUCUGUAACUGCAUCACCGUCCAUUAUUGUGAAGUUUAAAAAGGUGCGCAAUACCGAACUGCAGGUUUUGAAUGGUGAGGCGGAGAACUUUAUGUUUCCCAAGAAGCGAAGCGACUCAAGUGAAUUGCCCACUGAUAUCGAUAGGCACACAAGUUCGGAAAGGGCCCAAAACACGGCAUCGAUUUGCACAUCCUCAUCCUCGGGCACUCCAUCGGAGGCGACACCAUCAUCCGAAUCCGAAGACGAGAAUGAGGAAUACUUUGAAGAAUGCCCAAAAAAGGCCAUAGUUAAUGGUCAGAAGGCCAUAGCGAGGGCCACGAGAAAACUGUCUGCCCAAACAACGGGAAAACGUAAUGUAAUUAUAACACCUGUAAAUACCCAGGAAGAGGGCAGACAAACCUAUGUGAAAACUCCCAUACCAACAAAGGGGCUAAAAACUAGUUCUACUACCAACCUCACCACCUCCUCCAAAGGUGAGGGAGGUAGGCAGAGCUUUCCGAAAGCCCCCAUCCAGCCACUUGAACAACUGAAAAAGAACACAGCCCAAAGCGGUGGACGUAGAAAUUCGGCGGCAGCACCAAGUUCUGCUGAAAUUUUAGCGGAGACAGCUAAAAUAAUAAUUCCUGAAGCAACACGCAAAAGUUCCCGAACCGCAACGGCAAUAGUUACGGCAGCUACAACCAGCACGCGUAUUAUGCAGGCCGCUGUGGAUGCAGCAAAAAACAAGUGUAAGCAACAACAAUCAGGUGCAAUAGUAACAGCGGCAUCAUCCAACGGCACAACAGCUAAAGCCAAAGUCGGUAGGCCUCCCUCCCUAGCCACAAAGAGAGCUCAGGCAAGAGAUGAGCAAAAAAGUGAAAGGCAAGAAGAGGAGGAGGAGGCAAAAACGCCAAAAGAAAAUAAACCAAAGUCUGAAAUUGCGGAAUUAGGAACUAGAAGAUUGCGCUAUAGUCACCGUCAAUCAGUUGUUUUUAAUCUGGAGGAUAGGAUGGGGGAGAAUACAAAAACCAACAAAUCUAUAAAGUCGAAUAAUAAUAUUGAAGCGAUCGCUUUGCCAACUACAAAUAACACUAACACAUGCGAAAAGAGGUUGCGCGCUGGAACUGCCAUAGUGUAUAAGAAUGAAAUUCUUGAUGAGGAGGACUACGACGAUGAUGUCUCCGUGGAUAAUGACGAUGAAAAUGACGAGGAUUUUAAGGUGACAGAAAGCAAAGCUAAAACAUCGCCCAAGAAGUCAGCUAAUAUUACAACACCAGCUCAAACAAAUCCACAAGCGCAAUCAAUAAAUAAGUUGACAGAAACGACGGUCACCAAGUGCGUCGCUACAACAAGGCAAAGAAGAACACGUUUUGGUGGAGCCGUCGUUAAAGUGGAAGUUACUUCGGAUGUUGAAAAAGAACAAGAAGAAGCUGUUGAGCAAACACAUGAUCUUCCGAAGGUCCAGACGAGAGCAAAAGCUGGCGAUAAAGAUGUGAUAGAAAAGAGGAAAUUAGAAACUCAACCAUCAGUACCACUACCUGCUGCACCACCAUCAUCUCCACCGAAGAAAUCUCUGAGAAAGUCGGCCCUAACAGCCAAAGAGGAAAAGUCUGCCCAACCAGCUGACAAGAAACAAGAGCAGCAGCAUACAUCACCCAAAUCCUCCUCGCCACCUAAAAAGGAGCCGUCUUCUCCUUCUAGGUUCUUCGAUUUUACCAAGAGCGAACGUCUCAAGCAACUGCGAUAUGCCUUCGAACGUUUACCCGAGUAUGAUUUAUGGUAUCGUGUAUACAAACGACAAGAUAACUGUCAAGAAAAGUACUUUGAGUAUUAUGGUUCCACAACGUAUCGAAAAUUGCCCUAUGAAUUGGGACCGGUGCCCUUUGAAAUGUCCCUACAAGGCGCAAUGGGAACGAAAGUGUGUUGCAAACUUUGUCAGAAUAAAGAUAUGAACCAACAAGAGACUGAUGGCAAGCAGGCCGUAGCUGUAGCAUCAUCAUCAUCUAGGGCUGGCAAUAAAGAUUUACAAACGAAAUGCGAAAACCUAAUAAAGCAAGAGGAGGAUACGCAGCAUUGUGGGACAUCUUCCAACUCAGGACUCCCCCCUGCUACACCACAGCAGCAAGAACAUUCCAAACUUUCAAUAUCCACCACCGAUUCCAAUGCAACCGCAACACCAUAUACGCACAAACACAAGAAACUGCACUUGCUUCAACGUUAUCGCCAAGAACAGGAGCAGCAGGAAAAGCUGCAGCGUCAAAAACUAGAAGAACAGGUACAAAGUAGCAAUGCUCAUCGCUUAUCUGCAGCAGCGGCGGCGGAUGGUGACAGUAUAAAAGUGGAAACAAAACACGAAGAUGGUACCCGCAGUAGACACGAGCGUGCUGGCUCUACCCACAGCAAUGCCAGCAGUUGUGCAAGUAGUACGGCCACUUUUGGUAAAUCUCGACGGAUGCAUAAGAAACUUCUUAAUAAGGCAGCGUUCAUGGCCCAUUUGGAGCUACCACCACGGAAGUCACCCCGCGAGCAUGCUUCCACCCUGGCAUUAGUAAGUUGUAUUAUAAAACAGAGAAAGGACUCGGUGAGUAAGUCAAACUCUGAGUGUGAUGAGCCAAAAACACCAACAGAGGACUCUAGGCCGCUUCCGGCUAUUCCAACUGUCCAGGAGCUUGCUGAAAAAGAAGUAAAUCUACAAAAAGUUGCGCAGCGUUUGAAAACUCCACCACCUGGUGUCAAAACACCUGCCAGACAAUCACCCCUGCCACAAAGCACGGUUGUGAAUUCGCCCAGAACCCGUUCACAGGCGGCCACACCCGUGGAGGAGCUACGCUUUGCUACCGAAAUAUCGGAAAAUGUAAAGCGUAUGCGAAGGGGUCGAAACAAGUAUGAUUAUUCACCGCCUUUUGUUGCUCGAGUGGCAAGUGCUACUGCUCGUUCCUCUAGAGGUCGAGCUGCUGCCAAUAAUGUUGCUAUGAACCUAUUCGGUAGGUAUUCAACGGGAAAUUCUUCGUUGUCGAUACAGCAAAGAUCAAGAACGCCGAAUGCCUCGAAUAAAACUCGUGAAUCUCUGGGUGCUAGUGGUAGCGGAGGCAUUCUUAAACGAGGCAGGGGUCGGCAGAGAUUAGUGGGUGUUCCCCGAAAUUCGUUAACUGCCAAAAACAACAAAAAUAUUCUACCAGCCAUUCGCAAGACAGGCUCCAAAAAGGGUGUCUUAGAAUUUGAAGCAGACUCCUCAGCAUUGGAAGCCUUAAAGAAGAUUACCACAGAAUACAAGAGUCCUCGAUUUCUGGAAUGGCAAAUAGAUAAGUUUUUGACAUUAACACCACCCAGCGGCUUAGACGUGGACAAUGAUCUGUUUGAGUUGAAUGGUUCGACCCUGGAACCGAGUGUAAGCCAUCAGUCCUCACAGCUAACAACCCGCCAAGAACAAGAUAUGCCUACUGCCUCCUCAUCAAGUAUUCUUAACACUCCGCCAUCUACCGAUUACUUUUCCAGUGAUUUCGAUCUCUGUGAUUUGAUAAAUCAAGACCUGGAAAAUGGUCAAAAAGACGCUGACGAUGGCCGAGCUGGUCAAGAUGCUAAAGCGAAAAAGUUUAGCAUAUUUAAUACGUCACAUAUGUUGGGCUAUUAUCGUAAACGAAAAAAUCUCAAAACCAAUCGAACGGGAUGGCCCAAAGUUUGUCGAAAGAAGACAGUUACCCGCCAACAAUCUCAAAGUAAUAAAAUAUAUUUCUUGGAAAAUGGUCUGGGGAAACAAGAAAGUUCACAAGUGGUGGAGAAUAAAAAGGUACACAUUAAGCAGGAACAGUUAGAUGUGCAGGAUGAAGAAAAGUUAGUGGACGAUGAUGAGGAAACUACGCAAGAAAAAACAAGAAACGAUGGUGUUAUUACACCACCCGAUUCUGAUGUUGAGAUGGGCGAAAAUGGAAAAUGUGUGGCAGAAGAUGAUGAAACAAUGAACAUCAUGGCAGAUGAGGAGGAGGAUUCUCAACUGGGAUUGAAUGAAGAUUCACAGACGGCUAACGAUGAAGAAGACGAUGAUGAUGAGGAAGAGGAUAAUGAUACUAUGGCCGAUUCCAUUGAAGAAGAUACCGUCAAUGUACCACAAAAAGUGACAGCAGAAUCUGAGGUCGAAUUGGAGGAGGGAGAUAACGAAAACGAUGAGGAGGAGGAGGAUGAGGAGGAAGAAGAGGAAGACGAUGAUAAAGAACGCGAAGAAGAUGAUGAUGAGGAUGCUCCCGAUGUUGAAUGCAAGAAAAUCCUAAAGAAAUCGAAACGUUCCACAUCGAAAACAUUUCUCACACAAGACGAUGAAGAUUCCUAUGAACCUCAAGAUAAACGAUUGCGUUGUUUAGCUGAUGACGCCGCCACAUUAAGUCCUGUGGACAAGUCUCGCCCGAAUGUGGCAACAACAUCAACACCCUGCACCCCGUUUAUGCGUGCUAUGCGGCGCACACCUCAAUUGAAUGGCAGUCUUGGUAGCUGUAUUAGUCCCAGCGAAAAGGCUGGUGAUAAUUCGGAUAUUUUCACUGUUUCGUCAGAUGGCCUGGACACCGAUCUCGAUCUUAGCAAUUCCCAUUCUCAGCUAAGAAAUGCCGGUGACGAUGAAAUGCAUCCUAAUCACCACCACCAUCAUCAUCAUCCUAAUUUACAGCAACACCAUCAGCAUGAUCAUUCGAGCAAUACAACACUGAAUAGUAGUGCCGCAACGACAACGCCAAAACGAAAAUUUGAUAUAUCCAAAUAUGCUCCCACCAAUGCCGCAUCGUGUGCAGCUGAAGCGGCGACAGCAGCCGUCAAAUCUUUGGCAAUUUCACAGUUUCUAAAGAAGGAGGUACGAGUGACAUGCCGACGUUUGAGGGCACCGUUUAGAAGAUUUCGUUAUCGCAGAUAGGGACAGGGUUAUAUUUUAAUACCCAUUUUUGACUGAACACCAUCAUCGAUCGACAACAGCGGUAACAUUGUCAUCAGUAAUAGAAGCCAUGCAACAAGGGUGUGAUGUGAAAUUUUGAGGACUUGAUGAGGAAGUUGUGGUAUUUUUGUCAAUAGAUAAAGGGUUUAUUAUUACAUACCGAAGAUUUCGAGAUUUGGGUUCACAAAUUUUCCUCAAAUCGUUUCGCAAAAUGGAUUGCAAAUGGAAUUUUAUUAUUUCAUUUGGUUUUCAUGAAGAGUAGCGAUUUAGGAAUCUAAAGGAAUAUUAAUCUGGUGACAGCAACAGAAAAUUUUAUGAAAGAAAAUAAAUGAGUUUUUGGACAUUUUGGAAGAUUUGGAUUUUGUCUUCUUUUCCCCAAAAAAAUCAGAUUUUAUUUCAGACAAUUUCCUGUGUGUGAAGAAAGAAAAUCUUUCGAAUAAAAUUACAUUUUGCAGUAAUAUAUCAUUGAACCCAUAACCUGAAACCUAAGGUCUUAUGAAAAAAUCUCUUUUUUUUAUUAAAAUAUCAAACUCCUCGGAAAGAACUUUAUAUUUCCCUAUGCAAAAAAAUACACACACAUCAGAACACAAUGUUGUAUUCGUAUAAAAAAAGUUUGAAAAAAACAACAUAUAUUACCUUUUGUAAUUUAUAUACAUAUAAAUGGUAUUAAGAUACGCCUAGGAUAAAUUAUUGUAAAAAGCUACAAAUUAGCAAUAUAUAUGCCAACGCAAAGUAUACUAAUAAGAUUUUUGUCUAAAAUUUGUUUACAAAAAUCAUUUGGGAUUUUUAAAACCCUUUUGUUUGAUAAUUUGUUGUUUUCGUUUACUGUAUUUCUUUAUUUUUUUUUAAUUUUUGUGCGUUAUCCGUUCCAUUUGUCGAAAAAAAAAAACAACAACCAACCAAACGAAAAAAACUGAAAUAACUGUUCCAUUAACAAUAAAAUGAAUAAACAUCAAUACAUACAACAUAACGCUUAUACCAUAAUCCAUGUACUUUGCUCUUUGUAAUUCAAUUUGUUUAGUUCAAAAUAGAUCACCAGAAACAAAAUUUAUUGUAAUACAAUUCUAUAAAUAUAUAAAUACAUACAUAAAUAUAGUUAAAUAACAUGUAGGCUUUUAGUAUUUAGUUUAAAAUAAAUAAAACAAAUGAUAAUUUAAAAUAAAUGCAAAUGAAACAUA